AUGCUACCAGUGCUGUCCAAGGAACACCUCCAUAAGUGCCGUGCACCUGUACAGGACGUACAGGCGCAGCAGGAUGCUGUGCACCAGCAAGAAAGGGAAGAAAAAGAAAAGCUGAGAAAACCACAUGAAGAAGAAAGAAAAGCAAAAGAAGAAGAGAGACAGGUGAGAGAAGAAAGGUGGAAGCAUGAGCUAGCUCUCAAAGAUGAAGAAAUCAAGUGGGAGAUCAUUGAGGCUCUGGCCACUCGGGAAGCUUCCAGGCCCACACCUAUUGUGCCUCACAAUCCCACCCUCUCCUGCCAGCCUAUUGCUGGUUCACCACCUGCCUCCUCCAUUUCGGAAGAGGUGAGCCCACCAGUUAACACCAGACUUGCUCCAGAGGGUGAGUCAAAGGAGGAACCAUUCACCUCCCCACAUCUAAUCACAGCCAGAGAGGACUCUUCACCUGUGUCAGAGCACACUGCAAGCCUCGGUGACCCCAGAGAUUCACAACCUGUGGUGCCAUCUAGGCUCUAUCAUCUGGUGCCAAGGAAGAAGUUCUGGAAAAGUUCUGCCGAGACUGUGGCCGGAAGGGUCACAUUAGCAAGCUACAUUCCAGGAAGUUACGACCUCCUCUUGGGGCAAGAAUUGAAGUCCCUUUCUCAUUCUCAAAAACCUAGGGGUCCUAACCCAACGACAAACUACUCCAAAGCAAGGAGCCAUCCAAGACCUACUUCCUCCCGGAAGUACGGCCACUAA